AUGUUGUUCCAGGAGAAUAUAACCAAUUGUGUUACUUUUCAGACCAAGUUAACCUCGGUUAUGGAUGUGUUAGCCAAAGCUGCAGUUGCAGAAAUAAGUAAAAUGUUCGAUGAUGGGUUUGCUGUUUUACGCUUAGAAAUGUGUCGUAGAGAAAAUGAAAUCGAAACGUUGAAACGGAGAUUAUUGUUUAUGGAGAACGAACGGCAAACGACGCCGUCCAAAGCGCGAGAGGCAGGCUGUUCUUCCACAUGCCCUUUGUCUUCCACCAGAACAGAGCAGGGUGAGCCAGCUCGUGUUCACUGUACCCAUAUAAAUAAAAUCAAUGGAUUAUAUUGCUAAGACUGUACUAGCUAGCUGAGUUUAGAAUGAACCAGUACAUGGGCUUGAGGAGACGAUAAAUAUGACGAGCACUGCUCUGACGCCCAGGAUACUUAAAUUUAAAGACCCAUUAACCAGCUCUACAAACGUUAUUAUGUUAAAAAAAAAUACGUUCGGUACUCAGCAAAAUAUGUAGUUUCGCAGAGCAACUAUAGUCAUUACUGCCCUUAUGCACGAUAUGUACUUUCAAAAAAGGUAAAUAACACCAUUUAUUUCGUUUUUGACCGCAUGCGGCAAAUCCACCGUCGGCACCUCCAAUAAAAUCACACAUUACUACUGCCUCGCAGGCUGAUCCACCAACAUUACAAUAUUCCGAAAGGUCAUUGAUUUUAUUGGAAGUGCACAACGGCAGUAAUGACUAGUUGCUCUGCGAAACUCCAUAUUUUGGUGAGUACAGAACCUAUUUUGACAUAACAUUCGCAGACCUGGUUAAUGGGGCUUUUGCCGCGUUCUAUUGCAAGUCGGAACUAGGAAACUCGGACAUUUACGACACGCUAAAUGUUGUCGUUAUACACGUGCCGCGUUCAACGACCAGCAAGUCGGAAAUGUCCGAGUUUCCUACUAACAUGAACGCAGCAUUUGAAUUGAAGGAUCCUGGGCGUCAGAGGAGAGGUCGUCAUAUUAAGCUUCUCCCCAAGCCCAGGAACUGGUUUAGGUUUAUGCUAUGUUCACAUGUUAGUCGGAACUAGGAAACUCGGAAAUGGCCAACUUGAUGAUGUGUUACUACAAUCAGUUAGCAAGGUGGACAUUUCCGACUUUCCUAGUUCCGACUAGCACUUGAACGGGGCAUUUGAGUAGAGCAAUCUGAAAUGUGUUGCUGUCCAUCUCAACUCAAGGGUAAAUUCUGCAAAAAUAUAUCAAGUAUUAACAAUAUGACUGACAAUCAUUUAUGCCUAGCUAGUGUAGAUAAUGGAUUUCAGUUGUUGACCUUGUUCAAUUGUUCAGUGCUCUCUGAACUUUUACAUUGAUUUUGACAUAUACUGACAGUUCAUUUAAACCUUUCCUAGGGUCCAAGGGGUCUGAUAAGGGUGCUGGUGAAAGGACUUCAUUUGAGCAGACCGCCAGAGACAAAGUUUUCACACCUAAAGAUGACCAACUGGAUGAAAAUAGACCACAGCCACUUGCAGAAGUAGAGGGGCUCAAUGAACAGGACAGGUCUGGCCACAGAGAUCAGAAGGGUAGUGGACUAGAAUUAGUGGUGAAGACAGAGCAAGAGGAGGAGUAUGACGUUAUUUCACUACAUACAUCAGGAAGUGAACAUGGCACAGAGAGAUCAGAUCAUCAGGAAACUGAGUUUGCCAUGAAUGACCGAGAGAGUCAGCUGUGGGCGUCUGUAUCAGAGAGCAACUUUGACUCUGAGGGUCCAGAUUGCUCUUAUGGUACAGAACAAUAUACACAGGAUCUCAAUACAGACAUACAGCUUAUUCAAAGUGCUGUGCAGGGUCUGGAUAGCGAUCCAUCAUCAGAGAUGGGGUACAUUAACAGACUAAUGAAAGAAGAGAUGCGAGCACAGUCUGUUUGGAAUCACCGAAGUAGGACCCCUACAGAUUUGGUUCAGGCACAACCAGGUCAGCACAGAGAGCAAACUAUGCACCCAGAGAGAAGGGAGGAUGGAACAACUACCAGAGUGCCGUCAGACAAACAAACGCGAGCCAAUGAGGGUGGAGCAUAUUCCAAC